AAAACUGUUUCAUAACUUCUUUGUCUCUGGGGAUGUAGCACAGGCUGAGGUAGCCAGCAGCACUAGUGAAGUUACUAAGUGACUCUAACCAGUGCAAUUUUUCCGUGUUAUCUUCGAAAAAUCUUCGCUUUCUUGGCAUUUCAGAAGAUUGUAACAUCCUGCAGUUCAGUUUCUGAGAGCUUUACUGAUUUUUCUUCCCCCUCAAACAAAACAAAUACCAGCUGCCACAUUUCUGAAGAAGAUCUCCAGAUCUGGACUACUGUGGAAGAAUUAUCAGUGAGGCUCAUCCAUAACUUGAGAGAUGGUGAAUGAAUACCAGAAAAUUGUUCUUCUGAAGGGAUUAGAGCCCAUCAGUGGAUAUCAUUUUAGCAUUAUUAAAUCUUUACUGGCCGAUGAUUUACAACUGACUGCGAAAUCUCAAAAUGAAUAUACUAAAAUUGAGAUUGCUAACUUAAUGGCAGAAAAGUACCAGGGACCCGCCUGUGUUGACAAACUAAUACAAUUGUACAAAGACAUAGCAGAACUUAAAAGUGUUGUUAAAAGUCUCAGAAAUGAAAAGUUAAAAGUGGCAACGAAAGAGAGAAAAAAAGUGGCAGCGAAAGAGAAAAAAAAAGUGGCAACUCUAUUGAAAAGGAAAAAUCAGGAAGCAGCAGGUCCUGACAUACCUGCACCCACUACAAGUAGCAAUCUGCCAUUUAAAAGAGCAAAGAUGACUCCUGUGACUCAGAAAAGAAAAAACACUGGAACAAAAAAGAAUAAGGUGUCCCAGGAGCAGAUUCAGCCUCUCUGUCCUUCAGUAGCCAGCUCAUCUGCAACCAUGGGCAUGCCACCACCUUUCCAGAGCUCAUCAUGGACUCUACCCUCCACAUUCUUAACUGAGGACCAGAUAAAGCAAGGCCAACGUCAGGUAGCUGCCAGAAGAAGUGUUCCUCCAAAGGGCCCAAUGACAGUGAUGGUACUGAAAGCAACAGAGCCAUUCGAAUAUGAGUCCCCAGAAAGGGGAAAAAACACAAUGUUUCAUGCUACUGUGGCUACUGUGAGUCAAUUUUUCCAAGUGAAGGUUUUAAACAUCAACCUAAAAGAGAAAUUCAGAAAAAAGAACAUCAUUACCAUAUCAGAUUACUUUGAAGACAAAGGAAUCCUGGAGAUAAAUGAAGCAUCAUCUGUGUCUGAAGCUAGUAUUGAUCAAAAGAUUGAGGUCCCUAACAGCAUUAUCAAAAGAGCAAAUGAAACUCCCAAGAUUGAUAGUCUUUACAAGCAAGCAUCGGGAACAUUUGUGUAUGGGUUGUUUGCAUUACAUCAGAAAAAAGUGCUUAAGAAGAACACAAUCUAUGAAAUACAGGAUAAUACAGGAACGAUGGAUGUAGUGGGAAAUGGAAAAUGGCACAAUAUCAAGUGUGAGGAAGGAGAUAAACUUCGACUCUUCUGCUUUCAACUGAGAAAAAUUGACCAGAAGCUGAAAUUGACAUGUGGAGAUCACAGUUUCAUUCAGAAACCAAGAUUGAAGGCUGUACCUAAAGAAGCUUCAAGGGAAGAAGGUUUCCAGAGGGGCCCCAAAGAAGUGAUGGUACUGAAAGCAACAGAACAAUUUGCAUAUGCCGUCAGCGAAGGAGAGAGAAAGACGUUUCAUGCCACAGUGGCUACUGAGAGCGAAUUCUUCCAAGUGAAGGUUUUCGCUGUCAGCCUGAAGGGGAAGUUCAUCCCAAAGAAAGUCAUCGCCAUAUCAGAUUAUAUUGGGUGCAAUGGGUUCCUGGAGGUCUACAAUGCCUCAUCUGUGUCUGAUGUUAAUGCUGACCGAAAGAUGGAGGUCUCAAAGAGAUUAAAUUCAAAUGCAACUCCUAAAAUCAUUCAUCUGUACUCGUAAGCUCCAGGAACAUUUGUGAAUGGAGUGUAUCAGGUGCAUAAGAAAACAGUUAAGAAUCAAUUCAUUUAUUAUGAAAUAAAAGAUAAUACAGGGAAGAUGGAAGUCGUGAUGUAUGGAUGACUGGCCCAAAUCAACUGUGAGGAAGGAGAUAAACUUCAAUUCGUCUGCUUUGAAUUGGCAUUAAGCGAAAAUAAGAGGAAGCUGAGAUCUGUAAUUCACAGUUUCAUCAAGGUGGGAACUUCUGGGAAACAUCAUUCUUCCAAAGUAGCAGACUUUAAAAAGAACAGACUGCUGCUAUUACACAAAGAGUUGAGCAUGUGGAAAACUGAUCCUUUUACUUUAGUCAUCAAGGCCAGGAAAAGCAAGAAACAACUGCUCAAUCCUGAUUCAUAUAUGAAAACCUCUCUAGAGUUCUCCUUCUAAAAACCUGGAUGCCAUUAAUAAUGAUGUUUAUGGAGACAAGAUCUAAACACAGAAAAAAAUAUAUGUAUAUACAUGGUUGAAAUACAGCGAUAUACAUACCAGCUAUUAAGUCUUGGGAAUGGUGUGUUACAGGUGCUUGUUACU